AUGAAAAAAUAAUAGCUUCUAUUAAAUGUUAACGAGAUGGAUUUAAUUUUGGAUAAAACUUCAACAAAAGGGGCUCUUUGGUUAGGCAAUCUAAAGGCGGCCUAAAAUAUUAAAUAAUUAAAAGAAAAUAAAAUCCAAACAGUCAUAACAGUGGCCAAUAAUAUUAUUGUAAGUUUCGAAAACUCUCUAAACAUCUCUCACAAAAUCUAUAAAGUUGAAGAUACAGUAAAGGCACAAAUAAUAGAAUAUUUCGAUGAAAUUAACAAAGAAAUAUAGACUGGGUUAAACUCGGGUUCUGUUUUGGUACAUUGCGCAGCAGGAAUUUCUAGAUCAAGUGCAUGCAUUAUAGCUUAUCUAAUGAAAACUUACAAGUGGCCAUAUGAACGAACCUAUUAUUUUGUUAAAGAGAAGAGAUUAGCAAUAAAUCCAAAUCCAGGUUUUAAGAAAUAACUAAUGCAAUAUAGCAAGAAUCUAGAAGCAAAUAGUUAAAAUUAAAACCUAGACCUUUAGGAAACUAAAGAUUUUAAGAAUUCUAACUCAUUUAUAUUAGGUUAUUCAAAUUCAUGGGUAAAAUUAAGCAAGAAAAAGUUGUCAAGUCCCCAUGAUUUAGUGAAUUAACUUUCCUAAAAUUUGUUAAAAUCUCCUCUAAAGAAAAUUGAUCAAUUGAAUAGGACUUCGACCUCAGAAGAAAGAUAAAUAUAUAGAUAAUAAUUAAUGAAAAAGCUAUUUGUUAAUACAUUCUCUACCAAAAACUCUGAUUAAACAACAAAUUAUAAAAGUGAAUAAUUGCAAAAAGAAAAUAAACCUAUAGAAAAAUAGCCUAUCAAAACAAAGGCUCUAUUAAGCAUGUACAAGAGAGUUGAGAUAAACAAUUUGGAUUCUGAAAGAACCUCAAUUUGA